AUGCCGCCAACGCAACAUCUGAAGGCUCUGCGCAUCUCUCCAGCGAACACGGUCACCAACCACGUGGCUACUAGCAUCGUCUCGGACACAGGAUCCAUAGCCGGAGUGGGAUCGUCCCUACUUUGGGUGAAGCAUGGAUACAUCAAUUCGGCGGCCGAAAUCAUUGCCACGCCGCCCGACACAGCCAUUGGACGGUCCCAUGGCUCCUUCAAGCAUCUGAAGCACAGCGGCGGCACUACCGUGAGCUCCAGGGGCACUCUGCACAACGUGACGAUGGAUGGCUCCCGUGAUUGGCUGGUUCGGUCCUCAACUAUGAUCUUCCACAGCGGACUGUCCAUCGGCUCGUCUCCCAAGCAGCUCAGCAAUCUACAUUUUGAUCUUGUUUCGGGCCGAGGCAACUUCUUCAUCAACAGCUACAACGCCCAGAUCACAGAGGUGCCUGCUGGCCAGAGCUUCUACGUUGACAAAACCUCUCUUCUGGCAGUGGAGUAUGACCAGAAUACCGCAUUUGAGAUUGUCGGCAAUAAACCAUACACGCCGGCGCUCAAGAACAGCAAGGACACCUUGGAUGUGAGUCCAGUGACGUCCAUUCUCGAGACUACAGAGAUUCCUCGAGAUGAUCUUCCGGAGACAAAACAACACAAACAGGCUGAUAAUGCGACAGAAAACAAACCAUCUGCUAAACCUACAACCCUCCAGUAUCAAGUCCCUGACUCGCAAGUCGCCGAACCCCACUACUACCUCUACAACAACCGAUGGUGGAUCACCACGUCCAAGUUGUCGCGAAAACUCGUCCGCAGUAUUGCAAGUAUACCCUCUUCGCUGGUGAACAUGUUCAGGCGGUCUUCCAAGAAGGCAGCAAUUGCAGCUAAAAAUGCAGCCAAAAGUGCGGUCACCUUUUCCAAAAAGCCCCCGACUGGUCAUCCUGAUAGCACUGAGGCACCCACAAGUAUCCCCAGACCGUCGCUGGUCGCUCGCAUCAAGACCUUUAUUGGCUCAUACACUAAUCCUAGCCCCUUCCAGACUUUUGUCCAUAUCAGAGGUCCCACUAAGGUCGUGGUUGGACAGAUGCAUAUGCCCAAGGUGACCACCCAGGCCAAUGACAUCGAGCCCUACAUCACCGAGCCCGAGCUUCCUGCGCCCGUCGCCUUUGCUCCUCAGACUCACGAUUACUUGAAGAUUGCAGAGGUCAUCAACGGACGAGUGGUGUUUCGAUCCGUCCCCAACUUUUCCACCUACAAUGGUGUUAACGGACAAUAA